UCUCCCGCUUUUUCGCACCGGCGUGCGGCGGCUGCCCAGCCGUAGAUUUGUCGUCUCCGGGAACCCACGACCGACGAUGCGCGAGAGAUUGGCAAGUGGCAGCCCACAAAAGCUGUAAAGGCAGCCCUUUGCACCGCCAUGGCUGAUUUCGCGCGUGACAAGGUACAACUGGUCGCCAUCGAUGGCUGUGGCCGCGGCCUGCGCGCGCUCGUGGACAUCGCGGAGGGCGAAACGAUAAUUUCGGAGCCGCCGCUCUACGCCGUGCAUCCUGAGGCGAUGUCGGCGCCGGCGUUCAUGCGGAGACCAGACGUAGCGAGGCUCUUCGCGGUCGUGGAGGCCGGCUACGACGACGAAACCUAUACGCCUGAGGCCGACGCUGCCCUGCAAGCUGUCCUCGACCUCCACGCGAAGGAUGGGAUCGCCUCGCUCGGACUGGACGACGCGACCAGAUUCUGGGCGCUCGACGACUGCUUCCGGCGGCCGGCCGCGGGCGACGCGGUCGAGAUCGCGGGCCUCGUGUCCGAGCGGGGCCGGCCGCUCAACGGCCUAAGGGGCCGCGUCGACGGUUCGGACGGCGAGCGGUGGGCGGUGGCCACGGCGCGGGGGCGCAAGAGCGUGAGGGCGCGGAACCUCAAGACCGCGGGGGGCAUCUUCCGCACGAACGCGUACUUCGACGGCGGCAGCGGCUACGUCUUCGAGACGCUCUGCCGCGCCAACCACUCCUGCGCGCCGAAUUGCGCCAAGGCCAUGAGCGACCGCGGGGGCCGCCGGGUCGUCGACGUCACGGCGCGGCGCGCGGUGCCGCGGGGCGAGGAAAUCACCGUCAGCUACCUCAAGCUCGACGCCCCCGGCGCGGCGCGGCGCGCAUACCUCCGCGAGAAGUACAACUUCGACUGCCGGUGCGCGCGCUGCGUGCUGGACGGGGGCUAGGGCCUCCGCGACACAUCGAGAACAAGAGACUAAGGUUGAA